CCUUCUCUGUUCCCAAGCGCACUCAAUUCUCAGCUCCUACACUACCUUACCUGCACACACACACACCCACACACUCUCUUCCAUUAGCUAAGCUGAAGAGCUCAGCUUCACUUUCUCUCUCUCUCUCUCUCUCUCUCUCUGUGCAAUGGAACCGCCACCAUUGCUUCUACUGAGUCUCCUUCUGAUCCUCUUUUGCUGCAGCACCAGCUUCUCUGUUUCUCCACCAGUAGUACACUCUCCAACCCCAACCCCUUCACCCACCUCCUCUCCGUCUCCAUCAAACUCCUCCUCCUCUGCUUCUUCUCCUUCUUCUUCACCAUCUUCUCAUUCUUCAUCUCCAUCGUCUCCUUCUUCACCAUCUUCUUCUCCUUCAUCUUCUUCAUCUUCAAGCCUAGACCCAAAGCAGCUGAGAGCUUUGCAAUCACUUAACAUCCCAACCUCCAAAGACCCCUGCACCCAACCAAACCUCCUCCACAACAAUACCACACUAUGCGACUCUUCCAAGCCGUUUCGCCACCUCCUCUCCCUCCGCCUUUCCAACUGCUCCGACGACGUCGCUUUGUCCUUCACCGCCCUCAAGUCUCUCUCCACUCUCCAGUCCCUCCAGUUCGUCAAUUGCCCCAUUGCUCCUAUUCGCUUCCCUGCCGAUCUCGUUGCCUCUCUGCGCUCCUUCACAUGCAUUGCUAGCCUUCGGAAGCUCACCGGCAUCUGGCUCGCUCGCCUCCAAAACCUCACGGAUCUUACAGUCUCUAAUGUACAGGUCAAUGCCAGUGGUCCUUAUGUCAUUCUUGGAAACUUGAAGAAGCUCAAAUCUGUAACCAUUUCGCAUGCCAAUCUCACUGGUAGUGUUCCGAGACACUUGAGUUUGAACCUUACCCAUGUCGAUUUUUCGGGUAAUAUGCUCAAGGGAAAGAUACCAAGCUCCAUUACCCUCCUUGAAAACCUUGUAAGCUUGAAUCUUUCAUCUAAUGGUCUCAUUGGUGAAAUACCCAGUUCGUUUGGUGAUCUCAUUUCGCUUCGAAACGUGUCGUUAGCGUCCAACUCUUUAUCUGGGUCCGUUCCCGAGUCGAUGUCGGCUAUACCGGGUUUGGUUCAUGUUGAUCUGAGCUCCAACCAGUUGAACGGGACGAUUCCGAGGUACUUAUCGGAGAUGAAGAGCUUAAAGUACUUAAAUCUUGCGAACAACAACUUCCAUGGAGUUAUGCCUUUCAAUGCCUCGUUCAUCAAGAGGUUGGUUGUGUUCAAAGUGGGUGGGAAUACCAAUCUGUGCUACAACCAUUCAGUUUUGUCAUCAAAAAUGAAGCUUGGGAUUGCUUCUUGUGAUAAACAUGGAUUUCCAUUAUCACCCCCUCCGUCUAAAGAAGCUUCCUCGGAGGAUGAUAGCAGUGAUUCAGAUUAUGAUGACACUGAUUCAGAUGAUUCUAGUCACAAGGAACAUCAUCACGGACCAAGUAAGGUUGUACUUGGUGUGGCAAUUGGGCUUUCUUCCAUUGUUUUUCUAAUUGUUUUCUUGGUUCUUCUCUCAAAAUGGUGUGGCUGAAAUUGAAAUUUGCUAGUAGGUUGGUUUUCUAGAAUUUAGAUUGGGAAAAAAUUGGUCAUCAAAGACGGGUUCGUUUUUAUUAAUUUAUUAUACUCGAUGAAGAAGAAGAGGAGAUGCAGAAAGAGUGGGAAGAAGAGGGAGAAAGAGAGAGAGAGAGAGAGAGAGAGGGAGAGGGAAUCAAUAUAUUGGUGUGUUAUUUUUUUCACUGCUUUUUUAUUACCUGCUGAGUAAAAGAGCAGUGAGGUUUCCAUUUUUUCUAUCAUGUUCAUGUGUGAUCACUUUGAUUUUAUUAUUAGCUGCCAUAUAGGGGAAAAGGGGUUUGAUUUGUUAACCUGAAAUAUGUAAUUUUCUAGAGCUACAAGCCUUGCUUUUUCUCAUUUUUCAUAUUAAUUCAUUCUCUAUUCAUAA